CCCGUCGCGGUGCAGGUGGGGCCGCCGCUGGGCGACGCUCGGGCGGCGGCUAGCGCGAGCGCCUUGGCCGCCGCUUACCGGAACAUGGCGCGGCCGGGAGGGCGCUGCCAGCGCACCGGGACGGACGGCAUCGCGGGGGCGCGCCGUGCCGACGCGCGCUCCCGGUGCCAGCCGCGCUGCGUGCGCGGAUGUCGGAGACUCGGUGCGGCCCGGGGCGUAGGAGGCGCGAUGGUCCCGGGAGAGAUCCAGGAUGAGAAGACUGAUGAAAGAAGGAGCUAGCUGAACAGCUAUAAAAUGCCCAAAUCUGGGUUCACAAAACCAGUGCAGAGUGAAAAUUCUGACAGUGACAGCAGUAUGGUGGAGAGGCCAUAUGGAAGAAAGAGUAAAGACAAGAUUGCGUCUUACAGCAAAACUUCAAAAAUUGACCGAGGUGAUAUGGGCAAAGAAAUAAGAGAGAAAUCAUCCAUGAAGCGUAAACUGCCUUUUACACUCAGCCCAUCGAGAAAUGAAGAGCGAGAUUCAGACACAGAGAAAGAAGGUCCAGAAAAGAAGAAAACAAGAAAAGAAGCUGGAACUAAGAAGUCCACCCCAGUGAGCAUUCUUUUUGGUUACCCACUCUCUGAACGAAAGCAGAUGGCGCUCCUAAUGCAGAUGACAGCAAGGGACAACAGCCCAGAUUCCACACCAAGUCAUCCAUCACAAGCAACACCAGCCCAGAAGAAAACUCCCAGUUCUUCAUCUCGACAAAAAGAUAAAAUUAAUAAAAGAAAUGAACGUGGCGAGACUCCUUUACACAUGGCAGCUAUUCGAGGAGAUGUGAAACAAGUCAAAGAGUUAAUUAGCUUAGGGGCAGAUGUGAACGUGAAAGACUUUGCCGGUUGGACACCUCUGCAUGAAGCUUGCAAUGUUGGGUAUUAUGAUGUUGCUAAAAUACUCAUCGCAGCGGGAGCAGACGUUAACACGCAAGGGCUGGACGACGACACGCCCCUCCAUGACUCCGCCAGCAGUGGGCACAGAGAUAUAGUGAAAUUGUUGCUUCGUCAUGGCGGGAAUCCAUUCCAAGCCAAUAAGCAUGGAGAACGGCCAGUGGAUGUGGCAGAGACAGAGGAGUUGGAGUUGCUGCUAAAAAGAGAGGUGCCUUUGUCUGGUGAUGACGAAAGUUAUACAGAUUCAGAAGAGGCGCAGUCUGUAAAUCCUUCCAGCGUUGAUGAAAACAUCGACUCAGAGACAGAGAAGGACUCUUUCGUCUGUGGAAGCCAAAGCCUCCCAAGCAAAGCCCCACUGCCCUCUGCCCUGGACGAGUACGAGUUCAAGGAUGACGAUGGAGAGGAGAUCAGUAAGAUGAUCGAUGGCAGGCACAUUCUCAGGAGAGAGCAACGGAAAGAGAAUGAGUCAGAAGCAGAAAGGAGUGGUCUGUUUGCAAAACAGGAAAAACCCUUCUAUUCUAAGUCAUUUAAAACUAAAAAACAGAAGCCGUCACGGGUUCUGUACUCCAGUACUGAAAGUUCUGAUGAAGAAGUUCUUCAGAACAGAAAGAUUUCUACUGCAUGUUCUGUUGCCGAAACAUCACAUUCUGAUGUGCAAGCCAAAAGAGAGUAUGAGUACAAACAGAAAGGCAAAGUUAAGAGAAAAUUAAAGAAUCAGAAUAAAAAUAAAGAGAAUCAAGAGCUGAAACAAGAAAAGGAGGGGAAAGAAAAUAGCAGGAUUGCAAACCUGGCAGUUAACACUGCGCUGGAUUGUUCAGAGAGAAACAGAGAGGACGGGGCCUUCAGAAGAUCGUUUAGCCCCAAAGACGAUGCCUCUCUGCACUUACUUCAUAUGCCCACUGGUAAAUCUCCUAAGCAUCCUUGUGGAUUGAGUGAAAAACAGGCAACACCACUGAAGCAAGACCACAUGAAGACGUGCAUAUCCCCAGGAAGUUCUGAAACGUCACUGCAGCCUGAGCUCUCUCGGUAUGAGAAUGCAGAACCUGAGUUCUUGCCGGAAAGCUCAAAUGUCAAACCUUAUAAGCACAAGGAAAAAAACAAACAUCAGAAAGAUUUUCACCUGGAAUUUGGUGAAAAGUCAAAUGCCAAAAUAAAAGAUGAAGACCAUAGUGCAGCGUUUGAAAACUCAGACUGCACACUGAAGAAGAUGGACAAAGAGGGCAAAACAUUAAAGAAGCAUAAACUAAAGCAUAAAGAGAGGGAUAAGGAGAAACACAGAAAGGAAGCCGAAGGUGAAAAGGAAAAAUAUAAAAGCAGGGAUAAUGCCAAAGAGCCACAGAGGAGCAUUGAGUUUGACAGAGAGUUUUGGAAAGAAAACUUCUUUAAAAGUGAUGAAACCGAGGAUCUCUUCUUAAAUAUGGAACAUGAGUCCCUAACAGAAAAGAAGUCCAAAGUGGAGAAAACCGUGAAAGAUGAUAGAUUAGCCAAGGACAAGCACGCCUCAAAAGAGAGGAACUGUAAAGAAGAACGGGAAAAGACUAAAAGAGAAAACGAAAAGUCCCUUAAGGAAGAAAGGCUGAAAGAUCCGAAAGAAGAAAAAGAUGGUGUAUCGGCAGAGAAGGAAGCAGAGGGCAGUUCCAUGGCUGUCAGUGCAAACCAGGAAACUUCAGGGCCACACUCUUCAGAACGGGAAGUAGACAUUGAAAAGCAAGAGCGGCACUCGAAAGAAAGGGAAAAAUCUGACAGACGCUUUCAGACUAAGGAAAAAGAGCUUGACAGGACAGAAAGAAAAGUUUCUGAAAAAGAAAAGAAGCUAAAACAUGAGCAUAAGUCAGAAAGAGAGAAGCUGGAUUUUAGUGACUGUACUGACAGAGUGAAAGAGAAGGACAGGCUGUACUCACCUCAGACAGAACGGUGCCAUAAGGAAGGUGAGAAGAUGAGAAACACUGUCAGAAAAGCUGAAGACAGGGAGCGGGCCAGGGAAAAGACAGACAGAAAGCAUGACAGAGAGAAACCUGAGCGAGAGAGGUGUUUAGCAGAAAGCAAAGAAAAGUACUUAGAGAAAAGAAAGCAGUCGGACAACAGUGAGUACUCUAAGUCAGAGAAGGUCAGAAAUAGAGAUAGAGACAGGGAAGGAGAGAAGAAGGAGAAACUCAGAGAUAAAGAAAGUGUAAAUGUAGCCAACUUGAGACAUUUACAGGAGGAGAGAAAGUCAAGUACAGGAGAGGGCAGUAGUAAAACCCAGCAUGAGAAAGCCCUGUCCCUUAAAGAAAGGGUAAGAGAUGAGCCUUUGAAAAUCCCAGAUGGGAAAGAGAAAGAUAAAAAGGAUAUAGAUAGAUACAAAGAGCGAGACAAGCGUAAGGAGAAAGCCCAGCUAAGCACUUUAAUCAGACUAAAAUCGGAAACAGAGAAGCUUAAACCUAAAUUGUCACCAGCAUCAAAAGAUGCUCGACCUAAAGAAAAGAGGCUAGUAAAUGAUGACUUGAUGCAGACGAGCUUUGAACGGAUGCUCAGCCUUAAAGACCUAGAAAUAGAACAGUGGCACAAAAAACAUAAGGAAAAAAUUAAGCAAAAAGAAAAAGAACGAUUACGGAAUCGUUCUUGUUUAGAACUUAAAGUAAAAGAUAAAGAAAAAACAAAACAUACACCCAGUGAAUCCAAAAAUAAAGAACUUACCAGGUCAAGAAGUUCAGAGUUAACCGAUGUUUAUAACAAGGAGAAACAAUCUAAAGAUGUUGGAAGUAAUCGCUCGCAAUCUGUUGAUAACAAAAGUGUAUUGAGUUUAGGAAAGCUACCCUACGUUUCAGAGAAUAGCUCAAGCCGGUCUCCUAGGUCAGAAGGUGAGAAGCUGGGUCUCAGCUCCAGGUCUGUGUCCAUGCUCUCUGUUGCUAGUUCAGAAGACUCCUGCCACACAGUCACAACCCCAAGGCCCCUCGUCGAGUAUGACUCUGACUUCAUGUUAGAGGGCUCAGAAUCUCAGUUGUCAUUUUCUCAGUCACCUUUUUUGCCGAAUGCCAAAUCUCCAGCUCUUUAUGAAAGAGAGCUGGAGAGUCUCGCUGAACUGCCAGAACGACUUAAACCACCGUAUGCAAACAGACUUCCAGUAUGCCAUCUCAGGUCAUCGUCUGUGGAAGACGUUAAACUGAUCACAAAUGAGGUAAGACCUGCUGUAGAAAUCAGAAGAUGUAGCAUGCCCUCAGUCAUUUGCGAACCCAUAAAACAUUUCCAAGUAUCAGAAGACAGCAGUCAAGGCAACUUAGCUGUGCCAAGAGAGACUUCUCUGUCUCCCAGACCUGAAGUGUCUUUAGUACCUGAAAGAGGCCUUUCGCACGUGUCUGACUUACAUCCUCGCUGUACAGACUCCCCAGUGAGGUCUGUAGACAGCAGCUCUGUUUCAUCUGACGUACAUGUAAUCAAGAGUGCUGCUCUUGUGGGUACACUGAUUGACACGUCAAUGCAUUUGGAAACAUCCAAUCAGGUUGGAGUAAUCCAAAGUAAAUCAUGGGAGACGCCUGUUGACAAACUGGAGUCUUUAAGCACCAAUGACUUUAUCUGUCCAGAUUCUAGUACAUCUGAUCAAGAUUCCUCUGCUCAGAGUUUUUAUCAUUCAGAAAACAAAAUGUUAAGAGAACAAAAUGCUGAUUGCUUACCUGUACACCAGACUGAACUGCCAGGAAACUCGUGUGCUCAGGACCCAGCAUCCUUCACCCUGUCUUCACCCCAGCCCUGCUCUUUUACCAACCAGUCACUCUCAGACGCUGAAUCUCUUCCUAAACCUGUGUCUUUGUCUUACGGUGCCAGUCAAGAGCCAGGUGUUUUACAACAGAGAAGUGCAGCUCACAUGAUCAGUUCUGUUUUAGAGAGUGAUAAUAACUUUACAAAGGAGGUGGAAAGUUCGUUUGUCUUAGCAGACAUUCAGAAGACGAAUUCUUUUGUACCAGCUUACUCUGAAAGCACUGUGCAGGAAACACUCCCAAACUUUGAGAAGGCCAAUACCUUGCUUGUGUUGCCAUCAGAAAAGGAUUUCAGUGGGAGUGACGCUGCUUCUCAGCUAAACACACAUUAUGCCUUUAGCAAACUUACAUACAAGUCUUCCAGCAGCCAUGAGAUUGAGAAGGGCCCAGAUGAUACUCAAGUCAUUUCCCAUGAAAAAGAAAACAAACUGCAAAGUUUGGUCUUAACGCCAUUGAGUAAGUGUGAUUCUGAUUUGUAUGAAGUGAAUGCAGGGAUGCCGAAAGGAAACCUGAAUGAACAGGAUAACCCAAAGCACGGUCCUGACAGCGAAAAGGAUUCGCUUUCCACUGAGGAUGAGGAAUCUCAGCAGAGCACUUUAUCAAGUGUGGAAAACCAUUCACAGCAGUCAGCCCAACCAGAAAUACAGAAAUAUGACCAGAUGGUUAAAGGAGAAUUAGAGGAAAAUGCUGAGGACGAUAAAACUGAAAACCAAACCCCUCAAAGAAUGACUAGAAACAAAGCAAGUGCACUGGUCAGUCAAAGCAAGCAGGUUCUUGCUGGCUGUACACUUUUACCAGAGAAAGAUAAUGACUCCUCCCCUCGGGGGAGAAUCAGACUCACCGAAGAAGACGAUCCUCAGAUCCACCAUCCACGGAAAAGGAAAGUGUCACGGGUCCCUCAGCCUGUGCAAGUGAGUCCCUCUCUACUACAAGCAAAGGAGAAGACGCAGCAGUCCCUAGCAGCUCUCGUAGACUCUCUGAAGCUAGACGAGAUCGAGCCGUACAGUUCCGAGAGAGCAAAUCCAUAUUUUGAAUAUUUGCACAUAAGGAAAAAAAUUGAAGAAAAACGCAAGUUGCUAUGUAGUGUUAUUCCUCAAGCUCCUCAGUAUUAUGAUGAAUAUGUAACGUUUAAUGGAUCAUAUCUCCUGGAUGGAAACCCCUUAAGCAAGAUUUGUAUUCCUACAAUCACACCGCCACCUUCGCUGUCAGAUCCACUUAAAGAGCUCUUUCGGCAACAGGAAGUAGUAAGGAUGAAACUGCGUUUGCAACAUAGUAUUGAAAGGGAAAAACUUAUUGUAUCGAAUGAACAAGAGGUUCUGCGAGUUCAUUACAGAGCUGCAAGAACACUGGCCAAUCAAACACUGCCAUUCAGUGCUUGCACUGUUUUACUGGAUGCCGAAGUGUACAAUGUGCCCCUGGACUCACAGUCUGAUGACAGCAAAACUUCUGUGAGAGAUCGAUUUAAUGCAAGACAGUUCAUGUCCUGGUUGCAAGAUGUGGAUGAUAAAUUUGACAAGCUAAAGACCUGUCUGUUAAUGAGGCAGCAACAUGAGGCUGCAGCUCUAAAUGCCGUCCAGAGACUAGAGUGGCAGCUCAAACUCCAGGAACUGGACCCUGCCACCUAUAAAUCUAUCAGUAUUUACGAGAUCCAGGAGUUCUAUGUUCCGCUUGUUGAUGUUAAUGAUGAUUUUGAAUUGACUCCUAUAUAGCAGAGGGCACUUGUGAUGGCGCCAUCUUAAUAACCAUGUCUAGACGUGAGACUGUGGAGUACUGCCUUUUAAGAAACCCCGGUACUACGCCUCUACCGUUGUUAGUGAAGUUAACUAAAGUUGCUUAUGUAGUGAACACUGUCAUUUUAUAAAAGUAAAGAAAAAUAUUUUGGAUCUUUGGUCCAAAUACAGUUUCUAACAGAAAACUAUUAUUUAUAUUGAUCAAAGGUAACUAUUGCAUUAGAACAAACUGAGUAAAUCUUUAAAAAGGUGAGAAAAUCUGUUAACAACGCUGGAAGUUGUUAGCACUCCCAAGUAGCAAAAUACAAGGAACAAGUACUCAGAUUUCUAGUGGGUUGUAUUAAAAAUACAUGAGUAAACACAAAGAUUUCAUUCCUACCACAUAGGUUCUAAUGUAGAAGAAAAUCUUGGCACAAAAUUUCUUUAGUUUAUUUUAUCUGUAAAUUAAUUGUACAGUUUUCUUUUUUGAAAGGUUUAAUAUUGUCUUCCUUUUUAAUAACUUAUUUUAUACAUAUUGUACAUCUUGUAAUUAAUGGUCAAAUGUAUACAAGGAACUGACCCUCAAAUGUGUACAAAGAGAUAAUUGUAAAACUGUUUGUUCUGUUGGACCAAAGUUGUAGUUUGGAGUGUAAUAGCAGUGUGUUGUGGUAGUAAGCCUUUCAGUAAGGUGUGCAUGCCUUUGAGUUAGCUCGAGUCCAUCCCAUAACUGUAAAGAUGGUGGCUUAGUCGAUCGCAUGCUUUCUAUGAUUUGACUCUUUCCAUAGCUGAUGCCUGAGACAGUGUCCUGAGAGAGCCUGGGACUCCAUGUGGGACACCUUACUUAGAGUUAGUCAUACAAAGAAGCUUUAGCUCUCUCUUCCUCUCCCUGGAGAAAGCCUGUUUCCCCAAACAACAACAGCAAAUGCCUUUGAAUGGAAAUCCUGAAAUUGUAAAUGUCUAUUUUAAUACUCAACUAUGAAAGAAUUUGUGAAUAUAUGUAAAUAUGUUUAAUAAAUUUUAUUGGUCAUGUUAAACAUUGUAAACUUUUUUACAUUGCUUAAAUUUAAUCUUUUAAGCUUAAUAGCCUUUGCACUUUUAAAAUAAAAAUUGAAUGCUGAAGUCAAAAUGAGAUACCUGGUAGUCAGAAGAAGAAAAAAACUUGGGAAUAUUCCAGUCCCUGAAGUACUCAUGAAAUUUUGUUAAUAUAUUCUCUUUUUCCUUGUAUCAAAAUGUAAAAUGUAUAAUUUGCAAAAUUUCAUAAUUGAAAUAAGAUUUGAUAUGCUUUUUUAGUAAAAUAAUAAGCAAUAUACUUAGAACAAUUUCUCCUGUGAUCUGAUGUAGAUUAGAUAUUCAGGAAAACAUCAGGUAUAAAACCUACUGCUGAACGUGGGACGCAUUCAGAGUCGAAAAUUAGGUUAAUCUAAAAUCAUCAGGGGCAGAUAGGUAAACAUUUGUAAAGCCUGCCGCAAUACUGAAUUGUGACACAAUACUGGAUAUUUCCAGUUUGAUAAGGAGCGGUGAAAGGAAUCUAUGAAUAUAUGUUAAAUGCUUUAAAUUCAGCUCACAAGUGGGGAUUCUGCUAGUAAGAAAAGAGUGGGUUUAGUGCAAAGGGCAUAUUAAGCUUAGGGAUCUUUGAAUUUUUACAUCAUUUAUAUUUUUAUUCUUACUGUACUGGCAUGCGCAAUAAAGCAGCACGUGUGAAAACACAGUGCAGGGUUUGGUGAAGGUUGGAUGUAGUUUCCCUUAGAAAGUUAGGUGACAGAUUGUGGCCUUUCAUUUGAAUAAAUGGGGCCAGAAAGGCAGGGUAGACUCUGAAGCAGUGGGGUUUGAAGUUAUGUUUAAGCCCGGGAACAUUAGAAGCUAAUUUACAAAAGCAAUACUUUUUAAUACAAAACCAACUUAAUGCAAAGUUUGUUUAUACUUUCACCUAGAAAGAAAAUUUGAUGAGCUCGUGUGGCAGAUUACAAAAUUAAAAAAGAUUAAAUGUUUGAGCGAGCACGAGAAAAGGAGAUCUGUAGAGCGUUUUGUUCUGGUCCCGCCAGGGAACAGGCAAGAAAGUAGUACUGACCGAACAGAAUGAGCUGUUGACAAAGGAGAAUUAAAAAGAAAAGGAACCAAAGCAGCUGCACGUCCGUCCGUCUGUCUGCAGGGACCCGCAGGUGCCGCCCCAGUCCAGCUUCCUCGACCAUAGCGCUCACCCUCCGGAGGCUCAUCCGCUGGAGCCUCCUCCUGCACUCUGGGACUAUGCAUUUCCUCUGCACGCCAUGGCCAUCGGGAGAGCUAGGUUACUGCACUUGAUAGGAGAUGUGAGUUACACCCCGUUGAGGACUCUUGAUGUUAGAGACUUUCUGAAGGUCUGAAAUAGAGGAGAAAAUUUGGAAUGGAGUAUUUACCUAAAAGGUUUGGAUUCUCAAAGAAAAGUGAGGAUGCUUAACUUAAUCAGUGAUUCUUUUUAAACUCUUCAAACAUCAUGAACAAGAUAUUAAAUCGUACCUAAGGAUUUGUAUUUCUUUAAGUCUUGUUCUAAAUCAUAUCUGUUUAAUAAAUUACUAGUUAAUAUUUGUGCAUGUUAUUUAAUAAAGAGUUAUAUUUUUAUAGAAAACGUAAGAGUGAAAUGUGUGCUCAGUGUUUUUUACUUAAUGUUCCACUCCUGUAUAAUUAAGUUGAAAACCAAUGUUUACUUGGGCCUCCAGCAAGAUUGUAGAAAUACUCAAUUUGUGGAAACAGUCCCAUUCAGAUAGUCUGAGUCAGGAGAGGUCUCACGAGUAAAUUGUAAGUGGGAGGCAUGCUGCACAAUUCCCAACGCCCCAUGAACCUCAUUUGAGUGGCACUUGAUUCUAGUGAUCUAAGAAAUUGAGUGCAGGGUAAGAUAAUUUCCUUUUCUUUUUCAGAAAGUGAGCUGUGUCUUUGAUUCUACCUCUACUGCUCUCACAUACAAGCUCCCAAAUUUUUCAGAAAGGCUAUUGACUAGUUAAGGAAACAUUUAACCAUUAAAAAAAUUUUUUUUUCACCAGGCAGGUGGUUCAUCCCUGUAAUCACAGCAUUUGGGAAACUGAGGCAGGAGGAUUGCCAUGCUGGACCCUGUCUCAAAAUAACAAUAAUAUCAGUAAAUUUUUCAAAUAGUUAAGGCAAGGAGUAAAAAAAAAAAGAUAAUCUUUGGAGAUGUGCGUAAUGUUUAAUGUUUAAUUGUUUUAUUUCAUUUUUUUUUGAAACAGGGUCUCACUAUGUAGACUUAACUGGUCCAAUACUUGGUAUAUAGACCAAACUAGCCUCAAACUCAGAAAUCCACCUCCCUCUGCCUCCCAAGUCCUAGGACUGAGGGUCUGCACCACCACAGCCAGCUAAAAUGUCUUGUAACCCAUUAGCCUAUUGACGGCUUCCUGGAAGUCUUGUCUCUACUUAAGGUGGGAGCUUAAGAGCCCACAGAAACAGUCACCAGAGAAAAGUGAGAUCAUAAAAGAAACAGACAGGUAAGGUAAACAGUUCCAUUCACGCAAACUGCUCUGACCUAGGAACUUAAAAGUAUUACUGCGAAAGUAGGGAAAAGUACAGCUAGAAGAUCGGCCAGCUUUCCUGUGAGUAAACGUACGUAGUCUGGACAGUAAUACAAUUUUUGACCAUGAGACAAACUUCCGUCAAAUGUGAAGUUUUUGACUAAACAGCAGACAGUUUUUGCUCACAUGGGAAAUCAGUGUUAACUACAUGCAAAUCUAAGAAAUGGUGGGCACAUUUGCUUUUCAAAAUACAUUUUUAAGAAGUGGUUACUAUAACCACAUCUUCAACUAGCACUAGACUAAAAGCCUUGAUGUAGCUAUUUUCCCCUCACUUCUUGGAAUAAUGUUGCAUACCUAAGAUAGGCUCACAGAUGAAAAGCACUUGUAAUCCCACACCCAGCUUUACACGUGUCAGUUCUUUAUAAGAAAAAAAAGGCUAUGAUUUAGAUCUAAUUUUUUAGAUAAUGCAGACCUAAGUAUGCAGAUCGAUAACUCCUUGUUACAAGUACCCAAAUCAAUGCAAAAGGUUCUCAUCACCCCAGAAAGCCCCUCACGCCUCAGUCUGUGCUGCGCUGUCUCCCCGCAGAGGCAACCAGUAGGCUGCUUGCCUUUAACCUCCAUGUGUUAGCUCUACCUAGUCUCAACCGUCGUGAAAAUGAACUCAUGUAGUAUACACCUUGUGUCUACCUUCCUCCUUAAGCAGACUUUGGAAUUGAUAUGUGUUUCGUAUAUCAGUAACAAGUAGUAGUUUUCAAUAAGUAGUGUACUGUACAAAUGUGUUCUCUUGUUCCUAGUAUUUUGAUUGUUUACAGCUUGGGGUAUUGUGAAUAAACCUAUGGACAUGGAAACGUUA